CAACCCUAAUCCUAUCAUCUCACAGUUACGUAGAUUUACUGUCACUUAGCCCACCCUGAUUGCAUUCUUUCAAGAAUCAGUCUCUCAUCAUGAAGGAACUCAAAACCCAAUAUGAAUUGUGUACACAAAUACAGGAACUCAACACUCAGGUCCAGGAUAUGAAGAUGGCGGAGGGUGACAGGUUAGGAUUAAGCCGCAAUAAUGGUACUGAUGAUGAUCCAAAGUGUAAAAUCAGCAGGGCAGCUGAGAUCUUUGCGCCCUCAAGCCUUCCAAUCCAUGAUCAAGCUUACCAUGGGAUCUGUGCAAAUUUUGAGUCGUUUCUUAACUAUGAUCAUGCAAAGACUGAUAUCCAACGGGCCAGUGAUCUCCUGGUGUCGAUCUCAGCUUGCGCAGACGUACACAAGAUGAAAAUUAUCGACCUUGCAGUUGCUGCAAGUGAAGAGCUGAGGCUAAUGGCCCUAGAACGAGAACCCUUGUGGUUAUUCGAUAUUGACAAGGGCUCUGAGGUUCUGAAUGUAUCAGAAUACAGGCGAAGAUUUGUGUCCCUUGAUCCAACUCUGGAGGAAAUUAUCAGAGUGAUUACAGAAGCAGAACCGUCAGAUCUCCCCAACCUUAAUGAAAAAAUCGAAUGCUGCUCAUCUGAAAACGUGUGCAUGUCUUCAUAUAGAACAACCAAUGUAGAUUCCGAAGCUUCCAGGGCCAUUGGAGUUGUUUUCAGUAAUCCAGUUGGCCUUGUGAAUAUGUUCAUGGAUGUCGACAAGUGGUCAGCAACAUUCUCAAACAUUGUCUCGAAUGCCAAAAUUCUUGAAGUUCUGUCCACCGGAAACCAGGAGAACCCGAAUGGAACCUUGCAAGUGAUGGUGGCAGAAUUUCAUGUCCCUUCUCCUCUUGUCAAGACUCGGGAAAUAUAUUUCGUCAGAUGCUCAAGGCAGAUAGAUAUCGAUACUUGGGUGGUAGCCGACGUUUCUUUAGAGACUAUUUUCCCUAGUCCGGCAGUAACGUGCCAAAGAAAGCCAUCAGGGUGUGUAAUUCAAGUCCUUCAAGAUGGAUUAUCAACGGUCACUUGGGUGGAGCACAAUGCAGAAAGUAACAGUGUGGUUAACUAUAUGUUUAGGGGAAUACUCAAGUCAGGUUUUGCAUUCAGCGCAAAACGCUGGGUAUCAUCGUUAGAGAGGGAAUGCGACCGGAUUGCGACUCUAGAGGCAGAAAAUGAGUCCCUUAAUUACAUGUUAACUAAUAAUGAAGGUCAGCUAAUUUUAGUCCCUUUUUCCAAGAAAAUUUAUAUGUUUUCAAUAUGGUACUGCUUUGCAGGGUUUGGAGCUGCUAGGACUGGUUUAUUGAAGUUGGCACAGAGAAUGGUCAGACAAUUUAAUUCCAACAUAUGCUCAAAUGUAGAAAGUGUAUGGAGACCGUUGCCGGUACCUGGAGCAGAAGAAAUCUUGAUUAAGACCAGCUUUAACCUGGACGAUCCACAGAUCCCUCGUGGUGUAACAGUGACCGUAGCGACUUCAGUUUGGCUCCCUGUGAAGCAGAAUGACGUAUUCAGUUUUCUUCAUUCUGGGUAUAACAGAAAUAAGUGGGAUGUUCUUUCUCAUGGCCUGGAAAUUCAAGACGUCAUACGAAUGUCUUCAGCUCGUAACUCCACAGAUUGCAUUUCAGUCAUUUCAGUAGAGGGUUCAUCAAAUAGAAGAGAGAUCACAUACCUGCAAGAAAGUUUCAGUGACUCGACUGCCUUCUACAUUGUGUACGCUCCAGUAGACGUUCCUGCAAUGCAUCAUAUAUUGCAAGGUGGAUGUGCAGAUUCAGUGGCCAUACUCCCUUCAGGUUUUGCAGUUUUACCAGAAGGGUCGCCAGAUGACGAUGCUGCAACUCAGAAUACUAUCCUGACAAUUGGGUUCCAGAUCAUGGAUGAACAGCUGACGACGCCUGAAGAACUGCCUCCACAGUCAGUGUUGACAGCUUACAGACUCAUGAAAGAAACAGUUUCCCGGAUUUGGACAGCCCUCCUGCCCAAAUCUGGGAAUGCUUUGGGAGUCAUCACGAUCAAAUGAAUUCACAUCUUCUCUUAGAAAAUAGUGGGAAAUAAAGAUAGUAUUUUAACAUUUGAAAUUCUUAACAUGUUUUCUUUAUAUGAGAUGCCAGCUCACCCAACAA